CGCGCAGCCCCGCUCCGCCCGCCCCUCGGGGCGCGUCUUUUCCGGGCUCGCGCCUCGCCCCGCCUCCGCCCGCCUUCAGGGUGCGCGCACGCCUCUGCGGCUUUUUCUCCGGCCCGCGCGGCGCGCCCCUCCUCGCCCCAGCGGCAGCCGACACGCGGCUCCUUUCCGUAAGCUUCCCGUGUGCUAGGUGCCGGCCGGCUGUGAGGACGCGGUGGGCAGCGCCAACGGAUCCAGCCCAGGAUCCCACAUUACAUUUAGUUGUCGUAUUUCCUUCAUCUCCUCCAGUCCAUGACAGCUCCUCAGGCUUUUUGUCUUUUAUGACCUUGACAGCUUUGAAGAAUACAGUUUCCUAGGUCUGACAGCCUUUGUCUUUGAAGUUGGCUCCUGUCCUGACUGCGGAGGAUAAGAGAUUGAAAUCACGAAAGAUAAACGUGUUCUUCAGAGAAAAAGAGGAAAUCUGUGUACUUUAUUGUCGGCUUCCAAAGAUUACUAACUUUUAUCUGUAUCGUUAAAAUUGAACUGCCUUGGCUAAACUGCUACUCUUACCUGCUGCUUCCAUUAUUGCCUUCUUCAGCAAAAUAAGGCUCUCUGAAGCCCAAGAAUUACAAGAAAUAAACACCAUUUUAGAAGCCUUGCCACUAUGAAACUUAAGCUAAAUGUGCUCACCAUUAUUUUGCUGCCUGUCCACUUGUUAAUAACAAUAUACAGUGCCCUUAUAUUUAUUCCAUGGUAUUUUCUUACCAAUGCCAAGAAGAAAAACGCUAUGGCAAAGAGAAUAAAAGCUAAGCCCACUUCAGACAAACCUGGAAGUCCGUACCGCUCUGUCACGCACUUCGACUCGCUAGCUGUCAUAGACAUCCCUGGAGCAGACACUCUGGAUAAAUUAUUUGAUCAUGCUGUUUCCAAGUUUGGGAAGAAGGACAGCCUUGGGACCAGGGAACUCCUAAGCGAAGAAAAUGAAAUGCAGCCAAACGGAAAGGUUUUUAAGAAGUUAAUUCUUGGGAAUUAUUUAUGGAUGAACUACGUCGAAGUGAACCACAGAGUGAGUAACUUUGGUAGUGGACUCACUGCUUUGGGAUUAAAACCAAAGAGCACUAUUGCCAUUUUCUGUGAGACCAGGGCUGAGUGGAUGAUUACAGCACAGACCUGCUUUAAGUACAACUUUCCUCUUGUGACUUUAUAUGCCACACUUGGCAGAGAAGCUGUAGUUCAUGGGUUAAAUGAAUCUGAGGCUACCUAUCUGAUUACUAGUAUUGAACUUCUGGAAAAUAAGCUUAAGGCUGCAUUGUUAGAUAUCAAUUGUGUUAAGCACAUCAUUUAUGUGGACAGUAAGACUAUCAAUAAAGCAGAAUACGCUGAAGGAUUUGAGAUUCACAGCAUGCAAUCAGUAGAAGAGUUGGGAUCCAAGCAAGAAAACUUGAGCAUUCCUCCAGCUAGACCAACUCCUUCAGACCUGGCUAUCGUCAUGUAUACCAGCGGUUCUACUGGCCGACCUAAGGGGGUGAUGAUGCAUCAUAGCAAUCUGAUAGCCGGAAUGACAGGCCAGUGUGAGAGAAUUCCUGGCCUUGGACCAAAGGACACAUAUAUUGGUUACUUGCCUUUGGCUCAUGUAUUAGAAUUGACAGCAGAGAUAUCUUGCUUUACCUAUGGAUGUAGGAUUGGAUAUUCUUCUCCACUUACACUCUCUGACCAGUCCAGCAAAAUCAAAAAGGGAAGCAAAGGAGAUUGUACUGUACUGAAGCCUACACUCAUGGCAGCUGUUCCAGAGAUCAUGGAUAGAAUUUAUAAGAAUGUUAUGAGCAAAGUUCAAGAGAUGAAUUAUAUUCAGAAAACUCUGUUCAAGAUAGGGUAUGAUUACAAAUUGGAACAGAUCAAAAAGGGAUAUGAUGCCCCACUUUGCAAUCUGAUACUGUUUAAGAAGGUGAAGGCUUUGCUAGGAGGGAAUGUCCGUAUGAUGCUGUCUGGUGGAGCACCACUGUCUCCUCAGACACACCGGUUCAUGAAUGUCUGCUUCUGCUGCCCAGUUGGUCAAGGUUAUGGACUGACAGAAUCUUGUGGUGCUGGGACAGUUACUGAAGUUACUGAUUAUACUACUGGCAGAGUUGGAGCCCCUCUUAUUUGCUGUGAAAUUAAACUAAAAGACUGGCAGGAAGGUGGUUAUACAGUUCACGACAAACCAAACCCCAGAGGCGAAGUCGUAAUCGGUGGACAGAAUAUCUCCAUGGGGUAUUUUAAAAAUGAAGAAAAAACAGCAGAGGAUUAUUCUGUGGAUGAAAAUGGCCAAAGGUGGUUUUGCACUGGUGAUAUUGGAGAAUUUCAUCCCGAUGGGUGUUUACAGAUUAUAGAUCGCAAGAAAGAUCUGGUGAAGUUGCAAGCAGGAGAAUAUGUAUCUCUUGGGAAAGUGGAAGCUGCAUUGAAGAACUGUCCACUUAUUGACAAUAUCUGUGCUUUUGCCAAAAGUGACCAGUCCUAUGUGAUCAGUUUUGUGGUUCCUAAUCAGAAAAGGUUGACACUUUUGGCACAACAGAAAGGGGUGGAAGGAACUUGGGUUGAUAUCUGCAAUAACCCUGCCAUGGAAGCUGAAAUACUGAAAGAAAUUAGAGAAGCUGCAAAUACCAUGAAAUUGGAGCGAUUUGAAAUUCCAAUCAAGGUCUGCUUAAGUCCGGAGCCAUGGACCCCUGAAACUGGUCUGGUCACUGAUGCUUUCAAACUGAAGAGGAAGGAACUGAAGAACCAUUACCUCAAAGACAUUGAGCGGAUGUAUGGGGGCAAAUAAAAUGCUGCUCUCUUACUUACACUUGUACAGGAGGUGGCGUGGAGGUUUUUCAGUUUGAGAGUUUUAAGCCUCAUUGAGCUGUCAGAAUGUAAGGUUUAUCAUUUUAAAUACAUAAAAAAAGACCCAAAGUGAUUAAAAUAGCUGUCGAGUCUACUUUAACAUAGUUUGCAUAGUUGUAGUGAAGCUGAAUGAAGUUGGAAAGUUAUUGCCCUUUAGCUGUGUUAAUUUUAGAGCAAAAAUUCUGUUUUUAAAAGUUAGCCUAAGGUAUACUUGUUCUCCUUUCGCUGUGUCCCACAGAAGUUGGGGCUUUGUGCUGUUGUUGUCAUUUGUCUCCAUAUAUUGCUUGAUCUCUAUUUUAAUUUGGUUGUUGAUCCAUUCAUUGAUUAUUUAGGAGCAAGUUGUUAAGCCUCCAUGUGUUUGUGAGCCUUUUUGCUUUCUUUGUACAAUUUAUUUCUAGUUUUAUGCCUUUGUGGUCUGAGAAGUUGGUUGGUAGAAUUUCAAUCUUUUUGAAUUUACUGAGGCUCUUUUUGUGGCCUAGUAUGUGGUCUAUUCUGGAGAAUGUUCCAUGUGCACUUGAGAAGAAUGUGUAUCCGGCUGCAUUUGGGUGUAGAGUUCUAUAGAUGUCUAUUAGGUCCAUGUGUUCUAGUGUGUUUUUCAGUGCCUCUGUGUCCUUACUUAUUUUCUGUCUGGUGGAUCUGUCCUUUGGAGUGAGUGGUGUGUUGAAGUCUCCUAAAAUUAAUGCAUUGCAUUCUAUAUCCUCCUUUAAUUCUGUUAGUAUUUGUUUCAAAUAUGUUGGUGCUCCUGUAUUGGGUGCGUAUAUUGUUAUAAUGGUUAUAUCCUCUUGUUGGACUCAGCCCUUUAUCAUUAUGUAGUGUCCUUCUUUAUCUCUUGUUACUUUCUUUGUUUUGAAGUCUGUUUUGUCUGAUACAAGUACUGAACAUCUGCUUUUUUCUCCCUAUUGUUUGCAUGAAAUAUUUUCUUCCAUCCCUUGACUUUUAGUCUGUGCAUGUCUUUGGGUUUGAGGUAAGUCUCUUGUAAGCAGCAUAUAGAUGGGUCUUGCUUUUUUAUCCAUUCUAUUAUUCUGUGUCUUUUGAUUGGUGCAUUCAGUCCAUUUACAUUUAGGGUGACUUUUGAAAGAUAUGUACUUAUUGCCAUUGCAGGCUUUAGAUUCGUGGUUACCAAAGGUUCAUGGUUAGCUUCUUUACUAUCUUACUGUCUAACUUAGCUUGCUUAUUGAGCUAUUAUAAACACAGUCUGAUGAUUCUUUAUUUCUCUCCCUUCUUAUUCCUCCUCCUCCAUUCUUUAUAUGUUAUGUGUUUUAUUCUGUACUCUUUUGUGUUUCCUUUGACUGCUUUUGUGGGUAGUUGAUUUUAUUUUUUGCCUUUAGUUAGUAUUUGGUUGGUCUGCCUUCUUUGCUGUGAUUUUAUUUUCUCUGGUGACAUCUAUUUAGCCUUAGGAGCGCUUCCAUCUAGAACAGUGCCUCUAGAAUACCCUGUAGAGGUGGUUUGUGGGAGACGAAUUCCCUCAACUUUUGCUUGUCUGGGAAUUGUUAAAUCCCUCCUUCAUAUUUAAAUGAUAAUCGUGCUGGAUACAGUAUUCUUGGUUCAAGGUCCUUCUGCUUCAUUGCAUUAAAUAUAUCAUGCCAUUCUCUUCUGGCCUGUAAGGUUUCUGUUAAGAAGUCUGAUGAUAGCCUGAUGGGUUUUCCUUUGUAGGUGACCUUUUUUCUCUGUCUGGCUGCUCUUAAUACUCUGUCCUUGUCCUUGAUCUUUGCCAUUUUAAUUAUUAUGUGUCUUGGUGUUGUCCUCCUUGGGUCCCUUGUGUUGGGAGUUCUGUGUGCUUCCAUGGUCUGAGCAACUGUUUUCCUCCCCCAGUUAGAGAAGUUUUCAGCAAUUAUUUCUUCAAAGACACUUUCUAUCCCUUUUUCUCUCUUUUCUUCUGGUACCCCUAUAAUGCGGAUAUUGUUCCUUUUGGAUUGGUCACACAGUUCUCUUAAUACUGUUUCAUUUCUGGAGAUCCGUUUAUCUCUCUCUGCGUUGGCUUCUCUGUUUUUCUGUUCUCUGAUUUCUGUUCAAUUAAUGGCCUCUUGCAUCUCGUCCAUCAUGCUUUUAAGUCCUUCCAGAGAUUGUUUUAUUUCUGUAUUCUCCCUCCCAACUUUAUCCGUUAGCUCUUGCAUUUUUCUCUGCAGCUUCAUCAGCAUGGUUAUGACCUUUAUUUUGAAUUGUUUUUCAGGAAGAUUGGUUAAGUCUAUCUCCCAGGUUCCCUCUCAGGGGAUGUCUGGGUGAUUCUGGUCUGUAUCAAAUUCUUCUGCCUUUUCAUGGCGAUAGAGGUAGUCAUGGGUAGUUGGCGCAUGUGUCAGCUGAGAGAACAAAGUCCCUUCCUGCUUGCUCGUCGCCUUUCUCUUCUGUGAGCACGGUGACCCCUAGCGGCUUGUGCUGGGUAGCUGCGCCCUAUCGGGGUCUCUGAGUCUGGCCUGGGUGGCUGUGGAGUAGGCUCCGUACGGCUGCUGUGGGUGUGGCCGGUCUCAGGCUGUUGCUCCACUAUGGCGGGGCCACGCCAGAGGGGGAACGGGCGGGAGGCUGUUUAUCAUCGUGAGGGGCCUCAGAGCCAUGCUGCCGCCCAGGGGAUUAGGGCGCCUAGAGUUCCCUGUGAUUCCCAGCUGCUGGGCUGAGUGCGCCGGGACGCUUCCAUCCAGCUGUGAGGCUCCUGUCCCUUUAAGACUUUCAAAAGGCACUAGCUUUUCUUUUGUCCCAGGGGUGCUGGCUGCAGGGACUCGUUCGCAGAUUUUAUAGUUCCCUUUCCCUAGUAUCCAGCACACCAUGCAGUGUGUGUCUGUGCUCCCGGUGCAGAUGACUAGGGCUGGGUAUUUAGGAGUCCUGGGCUCCCCACUCUGACUCCUCUCCUUCCCCCUGGGAGCUGGGGUAGGGGUGGCACUCAGGUCCUGCCAGGCCGUGGCUUGUAUCUUACCCUCUCCGUGAGGUGCUGGGUUCUCACAGGUGUAGAUGUAGCCUGACUGUUGUACUGUAUCUUCUGGUCUCUCUUUUAGGGAUAGUUGUAUUUGUUGUGUUUUCAAAAGAUAUAUUAUUUUGGGAGGAGAUUUCCGCUGCCCUACUCACGCCGCCAUCUUGGCUCGUCCCUCAUACUUGUUCUCCUAAACACAAAUAUUUAAUGUUGAACAUAAUAAAUUGGAGUUGGAGUAGAAUGUAGUUUAAAGAAAUUUGCAGCUUCCAUUUGUCUGUUGUCUUCCUAGUUCAGAAGAAACUUCGAUAUUAAGCAUGAAAAUAGUAUGUAUUAACACUAUUCAAAGCAGAAUGCUGCAGGGCUUCACAGUUUUCUUCCAACAAUUUAUCUUGAAGGGACAAUUCAAUCGUAAUAUAAUAGAAUUCAAUAAUACCUUGGAAGCUGUUUUAGGAUUCAUAAUCGUUGCAUAGGUUAGACAUAGAAACGUUGUAAUAUUGUGAAUAAUUACAGUGCCUGAAAUUAGAUAAAAACCACAAACACACCAAAAAAAAUCUAAUAAUGUAUUUAAAGGGAAAUUGAACUGCUUUUGUUUUUGAAACUUGCAGGUCUAAAAUCAGUAACUAUGAUUAUUGGAAUGACUUAAAAGUAAAGUACAAUUUAAAAAACGCUGAAAAUUGCCAUUCUAGGUUUGUUCAAAAUAAAAAACUGAGACCAAGAGUAAAAUGAUAGUUUAUAAAAUUUUAACAGGAAGCAUUUUCUUUUAGAAAAGUGACAAACUCGUAAGUAUUUAGAAUUACAACCCUUGCACAGCACUGAAUCUGGGAAAGGAUGUAGACUCUGAAUUUGAAUUUAUCUUUGAUAACAGGGAUUGAUUUUAAGACAUACUUCUAUUGAAUUAACACUUGUAAUUUAAGGUCCAUUUUGUUGCUGAUUUGAUUCUUGAUCAGUAGUUUGUAUUUCAGAAAGCCUUUCAUUUUGCUUUAAUUUUAGCGAAGCGGGUUAUAAUGAAUGACUUUCCCAAUAUCUUGUUUGAAUCCUUGCAUGAUUCAUGGACUUGGAUGAGUUUUGGGAAGUUAAAGGGAAGAACACACCAUUACCACUUUUUUCCUGUUUGUGAGAAGAUUUUAGAAACUGGAAAUGCUAGAUUUGGAAAAAGAGAAGUUACCUGAUGCGGGACUGAUUUGUGCAGUAACUUGGCACAUGGGCUUCUUUUUGAAUCUUUAAUUAAAAUCUGGGAUUAUAUAUCCCUGAGAGAUACUCACUCUUGAACCACAGUUACUGUAAAGCAAAAAUUCUUAAUACUGUCAUUCUUUGCACUUUUUUCUUAGUCAUUUUAAAUAUAUACAUAUAUAUAUAUGUGUGUGUGUUUUGCAUACAUUGCUUUGUACAGAUGUGGGCCACUACUGCAAAAAAACACAAUCUUUUUGCUCUAAAAUAUUUAUAAAGAAUAUUUAAAUGUUAUGUAUAUGGUGGUAAAAAGGAAAAAUAUACCUGGUGUUACUAUAAGCAAGAAUGAAGGUUUUUGUAAAGAUUUCUGUUCAGUGUUUUGCAGUGUAAAAUUCAAGGCAGGUUGUCCCUGAAGUUCUGUGUAUUGUGAGUAUUCUCAUUCCUCCCAACUUGCCUUUGAAAAGUGAAAAAAAGCAUUGUUACCAAGUAGACUACUGUUCAGCUUCUACUGUUCUAGCCCACUGGUGAUCCUUUAAGGAUGAUUUCCUUAGACUUUUUCAAUAUGUGAUUUUUUUCCCCAUUUGGAUGGUGAUUUUUAUGUGUGAGUGCAUACAUACUCAGAUAUUUGCACCCCCACCACUCCCAUCUCCCAGAAGCUAGAACACUGCCAACUAAUCUGUUGUACAGGUCGUUUAGAAACACGUGAUUAACACUUACGGUUGGGUGCUGCUAAUUCUCUGCAAAAAUCCAAAUAUUGUUACGGGACCAGGGAGAUGCCACUACCCCUUGAUUUUUCAUCUAAAAAUACGUAUGUUUAUGUAAACAGAUCUUUCCAUAUUCAUAGUGACUUUUCAAGUAUUUAAGCUUAAAGAUUUUAAUCCUACAUUUUUAUACCUGUUAAAAUUGUUCACUGUUAUUAUUAUAUGUCAGCCAUCAAAUAAAGUUGUACUUAAAAAAUUCAGUACAAUUCUGUACAUUUGUAAGUUGAACACUUGUGACUUUUGCUUUAAUUACAUGAAAGUAUCUUGCCUCCUGGACAUUUGUAUUGAUUGCUUUUUCUUUUCCUAGAGUGGAGAUACAAUUGUAUAGCUUUACAGAACUGAGACACAGCUGAAUGAUGAAAAAAGUCAGAAGUUAAGGAGAGUAAUGUUUUUUUGGUCAUAAAGACUGACUAAUGAUCCUUGCCUUUAUUUUCCUGGUAGCAUGACAAAUGCUUCUGAGGUAAAAAGAUGAGAACAGGUCAAAGAUUGUGUGGUAUUUGGUAUUUGGAGAGAGAGAUUUAAAUUUUCAAAUGUAGUGACAGAGUAAAAUAUUCAUAUUUAUACUUCUGUUAAAAUGCACGAUCGCAAGAUUGUUUAUGUUUUUGUGUUUAUUCUUGAUGAAAAGCUUUGUUCUCGUUUUUAAGUUUGCACUCAAAUCUUAAGAAAUAAAUCCACCCAUGUUAUCAA